AGGUUGUUUUACUUGUCCCUCAGCAUUUACUCAUAUUAAAUGACCAACACCGCCGCCCCCUCGUCACCGUCUCAGCCUCCUCCCACCGAUUCCGAGAUGAGAGCCGCUGAAGAAGCUGUCAUCGCCGCCGCGAAGACUCUGCAAGAGGUCAACGACGGUACUGGCCCUACCACCACUCAAUCUGCCCCCGGGCGAUCUGCUCGAGCUAUGCGGGAACGGUCGCAACAACAUCCACAGGCCGAUCAACACUCCGUUGAGCAGUCACACCAACCUGAAUCACCGUCCAACACCCCUAUCGGUUCACGGAGCAACGAAGACGCCAACUGGGAGAAUCAAGUGCUAUCGGUUAUUCACAACCUGACCAAGGAGAAAUGUCCUGGCCGCCCAUCACAACGCCAUUACUACGAGCCCGGUACCGUAGCUGACUACAUCAACAGCAACCCCUCGUUCGAAGGCAUAUCCUUCGAUCAAAAUCCCCCCGAGACUGUGAUCGCCACAGCGGCAGACCUUCCUCCUGCCAAGCGCAUGAGCUACUUGCUCUCACUACCACUGAAGGAAUUAUGCUCCGAAGAGGAGCCCGAACCUCUGAGGAUCUCGGAAAACAAUUACAUAUUCUCGGACUACAUCCGGGCGGUGGUGAGAUGGAGCAUCUGCAUCUCCCUCAUCACAACAUUCUCCGCUGACAUUGAGUCCAUACCUUUGGGGUACUUACUCGGACAUCUGGAGUCGAUCCUUGCCAGCACAGGAACUCUAUCCCACACUGGCAAACCUGGCGGCACUGUCGCCGCCCAGCUCUAUCAUCGCUACUCGGUGAAGAAAGCAACCGAAGCUAUUCGCCGAGGCGUUCCCAUCAGAUCUGUUCUUCAGGAUCUCAGUGUGAUGGACCAGAACGUCUCUCUCAGAGCUGCCAACGAGGCGGUGGCUGCCAGAGAAAGGAAGAACAAGUCCUGGCGCAACUGGUCCAACUACAACAACUUAACCAACAACAACUACAAUGACAGCAGCAACAAGAGACCACGGGGAAGGCCUUGGGACAAAAGCAAGUCUGAAGGCUCGACGGGGAACAACACCAACGACAACGUCAACAAGAAGAAGGCCUAAGCGUGGGCAACCUCGGUGCUCCCUCCCCCCUCCUGAGUCAGCAGUGAUGACAUCUUUGAGAGUCUGCAUCAUCUCACUAUCAUCUCACCAUCGCUUGGAUGACGCGUGACUUAUUUCAUUUUUGCGGCGUAUCACUAUGAUACUAUCACGUACCGCUCCUCUCACCUCCUUAUCAGUCAUCAGUCGCACGAGGAAGUACGAUCGUCUAGAUCACCCU